GGAACCUUCCACUGCCCCUUAGAGCCUGUUCCUCUUCGUCCUCAGCCUGUCGCACUCACUGAGCAUCCAGCCCACAUGGGCACCGUGGGCCGUCUCUCCAGCUCUGGCUUCUGGUUCUGUGUUUAGUUGUAGCUUGUCCCCCUUAACCCAUGAAGUGCUUUGUUUCCAUGUCUGUCCUCCAGACCUUGAAUCAUCUUUGCUCCCUUUUCAGAUCAGCUGGUCUGUUUUACGCGCCUUGCCGCUAAUGCUUUCAAUCCCUUCUUUCACGUUUUUGUUUUAAGCAUCUGUCUUAUUAUGGUCUCUGGCAGAUAGACACCUGGUUCCUGACACCCGCGGACAUCCUGUGUUACCUUCUGAUUCCUCUUCACGAUCGAUUGUUGUGUUUUAUAACUUUGGAUGGGGACCUGAGGCUGGCUCAGGGCUUCUGUGGGGGCCUCCUGGGCAGUUGGCUUUGUAGGCCAAUCCUGCAGGUGCUUUUUGCCUUUGCUCCCUCCCACCAAGGUGGCCCAGGAGCCCUGGGCUGAGCCCGGGUUCUCAGCUGGUGGGCUCUGGCCCAACGUGGCCACGAAAUCCCAAACGCUUUUGUUGCUGAUGUUGGCACCUGGGCCCUAUUUUUCAGCUUUCCAGCGAUGUUUCUAGGACUCCCCUUAUUUCUAACAACUUAGUUAGGCAUUUAUUUUAUCUCCCGUUGCUGGCGUUCUGCCUUGGGAAGGCUUUUUGAGUUUGUGGACAGUUUUCAUUGAGGGAAAUGGAAUUUGGCCGUGGUGCCACUUUUGAACCCCUGUUCUGUGUGAUCUGGCUGGGGUGGGGGCAGGAUGUGGGGCUUCUGCCUUGCCCGAGGCUGGAUGCUGGGUGGAAAACUUCCCCACCCAGUUCCACAGGCCCUUGGCCGCCGAGCCGAGAUGCCAGAGAUGACAGGCUAAUUCCUAGGAAUGUUCCAGGUCCGUUCAGCCUCCCUCCCCAUCCUUCCGCCAGGCCUUUUGGGGGCAGCAGGAAAGCAGUGUUGCCCCUGGCCCGGCGAUUUUACCCCUGGCCUCCCUGCCACGGGACUGAGGUCUGAGGCCUCCCCAACCGGGCCGGCCGACGUGCCCCAGUGGUUAGGUGCAAGGGCCUUGCGUUCAGCAGCAUCUGGCUUAAAAUCCUGCCAGUGUUUAAUUCUGGGCCACCUUGGACAAGUGACGGUUUUUGUCGGAAGGUGGUCCCAGCAAGCACCACAGUAACCACACCAGCAGGACGCAGACGGAGUUUGGGUUACUCCCAGUCUUGCUAACCCGGAAAGCGGCUCCUGAGGUUGCCUGCUCACCUGCGUAGGACGAGUUCCUGAGCCCGUGUUUUCCUGGGGAGGAGGGAGGUGACUGGCAGUUUCCGGAGCAAAGGCUCAACCGCUGCGGGUUUGCACCCCUCUCCACGGCCUGGGGUGCACAUGCGUCGCACACACCCCCCCAGCCGUGGGGAGGCACGCGCAGGUUUUUGCCCCCUGGCUGCAGGCUCCUACCUGAAGUGUUGGCCCGGUCUGACCUACAGGGGCUCGAGCACCUCUUAAAGCGCGAGCCCAAGCUCUUUCGUGCUUCCUUUGCCUCAAAGGGAGGCUUGCUCUCGCAAGCUCCUCACUCGAGCAGCAUGUUCAACACUAGACGGGCCGUCUGUCUGUCCUCAGAACCUCUGAUUGCCCCCCCUCACAGUGAGGGAGGGCCUCGUUUCCCUGAGGUCACAGGGGCUGGGCAUGGAAGUCACUGGAAAUUGUUGCCGCCUCUCAGACCCUGCAGGCUUACCCUCCCCUCUCGCCCUUAUGCCGGGACGGGGCUGAGGUCCCAGGGGCCUCAGGUGGGCCUCCCAGAGACAGGAGUCCCUGCAGGGUGAGCUUCCUAGCCUUGCGUCCCAGGUUCUUGGCUGUCCCCGGGCCUCUCCCUUUUCCUGUUUUGAUGCUUGGCUCAGCCAGGCCCGGAGACAGGGGCAUGAUGUCUUAAUCCUCCAGGUGGCAGCCAUGAUGGAGGAUCCCCGUCAGCUCGGCCACCUGCUGACCUCUCCCCGCUACCCCCCUCUACUUGGUGCACAGUGUGGGGACCCCGGAGCCCUGGCACCACAAGUGGGGAGAGGGUCCCACUGUGGGUCCUCAGUGCCCCCCCCACCUCUUUCCAGAAAGCAGGUGGGGUGGGGGACCCCGCGCCCGCCCUGGGUUGGGCUCUGGCUGCCGCAACCCUCGUAAAUCAGGGGUGAAGGGGGUGUCGGAAAUGGGUCUGCGGAAUGUCUCGAUGGGGCGGGGACGGGGUGAGCACUUAACUCUUAGAGGCACAGGGGGUGGGGCAGAGGAACUGGCCUGAGGAUGCGGGGUCGUCCUGCCGCUACCGCAGCGGGAACGAAGAGGUUAUUUCCCCCGCCCCGGCAGGGGGAUAAAUUGAGGGUGCGAGGCGUCCCCCACCGCCACGACCCGCCCGCCACGAUGGCCACAGGAAGACUCCUACUCUGCGCUCUGCUGCUCCUGUCGCUGCAGCGGGGCCUCAGCAGGGGCCCCGGUGCUUGGGGGGCUCCGGUGGCGGAGGAAGAGCUCCGAGGGACCCAGAGGCCGCAGCUGGGUGCCCGCCUGCGCCGAGCCCUGGCCAGCCCGUGCCAGCUGUGGAGCCUGCCCCUACCUGUGGCCGAGCUGGGUCUGGGCUACGCUUCGGAGGAGACGGUCAUCUUCCGCUACUGUGCGGGCAGCUGUCCCCGCGGCGCGCGCACCCAGCACGGCCUGACGCUGGCCCGGCUGCGGGGCCAGGGACGAGCCCACGGCGGGCCCUGCUGCCGGCCCACCCGCUAUGCCGACGUGGCCUUUCUCGAUGACCGCCACCGCUGGCAGCGGCUGCCCCAGCUCUCGGCGGCUGCCUGCAGCUGCGGCGCCUAGGGACGCCUGGCCUGGGGCCCCGCGGCUCCGCGAGGAGCUCUGCGGACUUAUUUAUUGGAGACCGGAGGGGAGGUGGGCUGCGGGCCGCCCGCGAGGAGCAUAAUAAAGGAGC